AUGGCCAUGUCUUUCGUUUAUAACUUCAUGCUGGAACAUCAAUUUAUAGAAUCGCUUGAAGUCUUUGAGAAGGAAUACAUUAAAAAAUUUGGUGAAGACAUUAACAAGUUGAGAAAAGCGGAAUACGAAAACAUAUUUACACAGAAUGAGCUUUUAAGAAAUGAUUUUUUGAACCAUGAAAAAUUAACAAAAGAAGUUCAAAGUUCUUUGGAGGACGCAAACAAAAAAAUUCAAAAGACAAUAAAAGAAAGAGAUUACUACUUAAUGCACCAUAAACGAGUUCUACAGGAAAAGGAAACUCUAAAUAAGGAAAUACAAAAACAAAAGAAGGAAAUAGACAAAAUUCAAAAUUCUGUAAAUGAAAUAAAAACCAAAUACGAAUCUGUGCUUAAAGAAAAAAUGUUAGUUGUUCUGGAAAAAGAAAAACGGGACACGAAAAUCGAGGGACUAAAUAAAUAUAUAGAGAAGCUGAAAGAUUUGCUAGGAAAUGACAAAUUAGAUAAUUCAAUAACUAAUCUUUCGUCGACAAAUGAGAAGAAAAUAAAUACAUUGCAAAGCGCUGUGUCAAAACAGGAUAAAAACGAUUUAGCGAAAGUAACCCCCAAAAGGGAAGACACUCCUUGGCCUAACAAUGAAAGUUCUCCUUGUGAACCUAGCGAAAAUGAAGAUAAAGAAAGUCCAAAUUUAUGUGUUUCCUUAUUAAAGAUUAAAAAAUAUUUUAAUGCUCAUGAUAAUGCAGUGUUAGGUCUUGCAUACAACGACAAAGUUCAUUUGUUAGCAACCGGAGGAGAUGAUGGGAAAUGGAAGACAUGGAGCGUAGCUAAUUAUGAAUUAGUCAUGGCUUCACAAGCUCACAAAAAAUGGAUAGGCGAUAUUUGCUUUAAUAAGGACGGCAAUGUCUUGUGUACUUCUGGUGGAGAUUCAAAAAUAAAAUUGUGGGAUAUGAUUAAGGAAAAAUGCGUUCACACUUUUAAAAAUUCAACGGGACCCGUGUGGAGUUUGUCGUUCCAUUACGAAGGAAACUUCUUCGCGUCCGCGUCCAUGGAUCAGACGAUUAGAAUAUUCGACAUAAACAGCUUAAGGCAAAGGCAAAUUUUAAGGGGGCACGUGGACAGUGUAAAUUCUGUAAGCUUCCACCCAACGUAUAGAACCCUCGUUAGUGCGUCUGUUGAUAAAACGGUAAUUCAAAAAGUGCUGGCAAAUGCUUCUAAACGUUUCUCCCUUUUUAUUGCCUUUCCUUCAAAAAGGAAAAACAUAUCUAUAUUCGUCUUCACGCAGGUAUCGAUUUGGGAUAUGCGAAGUGGCCUGUGCGAAAACACCUUCUAUGGACAUCAUUUCCCGUGCAACUAUUCUAACUUCAACGCAGAUGCAAAUUGGGUAUAUUCUUGUGACUCUGGCGGUGUUGUUAAAAUUUGGGACAUCCGAGCCAACAGAUGUUUCAUAAACAUAGACGCAGGACCAUCAAGUGCAAACAAAUGCCCAAUGGACAAGCAUAACAAAUACUUGUUUAUAGCCUCAGAAGACCACACGAUAAAAAUAAAAGAAGUUCGUUCGGGCGUUAAAACAUGA